CGGCGGCUGCGGCUCUCGGGGCGCCCGGGCGGCGCACGUCGUGGGGUGUCCGCAGCUGCAGCUGCGCUCCUGGCCGGCUCCCCCGGCGCGGGGCAGGGCUGAGCCCCGACACUCGGUCACUCGGGCCGUGCCCUCCGUCGCCGCUCUUGGUGCCGCAGUCGUGCGCUCCAUUCCGCCCCUGCCGCGGCGGCUCCCCGGAGAGGGCGGCGAGGGCGCAGAGAAGAGGAGGGACGUCUGCCCUGGAGCAUGAAGCAGCAUGUCUGAUAAAAUGUCCAGCUUCCUCUACAUAGGGGACAUCGUGUCCCUGUACGCGGAGGGCUCGGUCAACGGCUUCAUCAGCACCCUGGGGUUAGUGGAUGACAGAUGUGUGGUACACCCAGAGGCUGGAGAUCUUGCCAAUCCUCCCAAGAAGUUCAGAGACUGCCUCUUUAAGGUGUGCCCUAUGAACCGAUAUUCUGCCCAGAAACAGUAUUGGAAAGCUAAGCAAGCCAAACAAGGGAACCACACAGAGGCAGCCUUGCUGAAGAAAUUACAGCAUGCUGCAGAACUGGAACAAAAACAAAACGAAUCAGAGAAUAAGAAACUGUUGGGAGAAAUUGUGAAAUACAGUAAUGUUAUACAACUACUGCAUAUAAAAAGCAACAAGUAUCUGACCGUCAACAAGAGGUUACCCGCUUUACUGGAGAAGAAUGCCAUGCGCGUGUCCUUGGAUGCUGCAGGAAAUGAAGGGUCUUGGUUCUAUAUUCAUCCCUUCUGGAAGCUGAGAAGCGAGGGUGACAAUAUUGUUGUAGGAGAUAAAGUUGUUUUGAUGCCCGUGAAUGCAGGACAGCCACUACACGCCAGCAACAUAGAACUUCUCGACAAUCCAGGGUGUAAAGAGGUGAAUGCUGUUAAUUGCAACACUAGCUGGAAAAUCACUUUAUUCAUGAAAUAUAGUUCCUAUCGAGAAGAUGUACUAAAAGGAGGUGACGUUGUUAGAUUGUUUCAUGCGGAGCAAGAGAAGUUUCUGACUUGUGAUGAAUAUGAGAAAAAACAGCACAUUUUCCUUCGUACAACCUUGCGUCAAUCAGCCACUUCUGCUACUAGUUCUAAAGCACUCUGGGAAAUAGAGGUGGUUCAUCAUGACCCAUGCCGUGGGGGUGCAGGACAAUGGAACAGCUUGUUCAGAUUUAAACAUCUUGCAACUGGGAACUAUUUAGCUGCAGAGCUUAAUCCUGAUUAUCGAGAUGCCCAAAAUGAAGGAAAAAAUGUGAGAGAUGGAGAUCUCCCAACUUCAAAGAAGAAACGACAGGCAGGGGAGAAGAUCAUGUACACUCUGGUCUCAGUCCCACAUGGAAAUGACAUUGCAUCCCUUUUUGAACUGGAUGCCACAACUCUUCAGAGAGCUGAUUGUCUGGUUCCAAGGAACUCCUAUGUUCGGUUAAGGCAUUUAUGUACCAACACAUGGGUCACCAGUACUAGUAUCCCCAUAGACACAGAUGAAGAGAGGCCUGUUAUGUUGAAGAUCGGAACUUGCCAAACAAAAGAAGAUAAAGAAGCAUUUGCCAUUGUGUCUGUCCCACUGUCUGAGGUCCGAGACUUAGACUUUGCCAAUGAUGCAAAUAAAGUGCUAGCGACCACAGUUAAAAAGCUGGAAAACGGCACAAUAACUCAGAAUGAAAGGAGAUUUGUAACCAAAUUAUUGGAAGACCUCAUCUUCUUUGUUGCCGAUGUACUUAAUAAUGGACAAGAAGUUCUGGAUGUGGUUAUCACUAAGCCAAACCGGGAACGUCAAAAAUUAAUGAGGGAACAAAACAUAUUGGCACAGGUAUUUGGGAUUCUUAAAGCACCCUUUAAGGAGAAAGCAGGAGAAGGCUCAAUGCUGAGACUUGAGGAUCUGGGAGACCAAAGAUACGCUCCCUACAAGUACAUGCUGAGGCUCUGCUACCGCGUGCUGAGACACUCGCAGCAGGACUACCGGAAAAAUCAGGAAUAUAUUGCUAAGAAUUUCUGUGUCAUGCAGUCCCAGAUUGGCUAUGAUAUUCUGGCAGAAGAUACCAUCACAGCUUUGUUGCACAACAACAGAAAACUACUAGAGAAACAUAUCACAGCAAAAGAAAUAGAAACAUUUGUCAGUUUACUCAGGAGAAAUCGUGAGCCAAGGUUUUUGGAUUAUUUAUCAGAUCUGUGUGUGUCUAAUACCACCGCUAUACCUGUAACUCAAGAACUCAUCUGUAAAUUUAUGUUGAGCCCAGGCAAUGCAGACAUUCUUAUUCAAACGAAGCUGGUCUCAAUGCAAGUAGACAACCCCAUGGAGAGCUCCAUCCUUCCAGAUGACAUUGAUGAUGAAGAAGUUUGGCUCUACUGGAUUGACAGCAACAAGGAACCGCAUGGCAAAGCGAUCAGGCACCUUGCUCAAGAAGCAAAAGAAGGCACCAAAGCUGAUUUAGAAGUUCUUACCUAUUACAGGUACCAGCUAAACCUCUUUGCAAGGAUGUGCUUGGAUCGCCAGUAUCUGGCUAUAAACCAAAUUUCCACGCAGCUCUCUGUCGAUUUGAUCCUGCGGUGUAUGUCGGAUGAGAGCCUGCCGUUUGACCUCCGAGCAUCUUUUUGCCGCCUCAUGCUCCACAUGCACGUUGACCGGGAUCCCCAGGAGUCCGUGGUACCUGUUCGCUAUGCCAGGCUCUGGACAGAAAUCCCCACAAAGAUCACAAUUCAUGAAUAUGAUUCUAUAACAGACUCUUCCAGAAAUGAUAUGAAGAGGAAAUUUGCUCUGACAAUGGAAUUUGUUGAAGAAUACCUGAAAGAAGUUGUAAAUCAGCCCUUUCCUUUUGGAGAUAAAGAAAAAAACAAACUGACGUUUGAGGUGGUCCACUUGGCUCGGAAUCUUAUAUACUUUGGAUUUUAUAGUUUCAGUGAAUUAUUAAGGCUAACAAGAACACUUCUGGCUAUCCUUGAUAUUGUACAGACCCCCAUGUCAUCAUAUUUUGAAAGAUUAAGCAAAUUUCAAGAUGGAGGAAACAACGUCAUGAGAACCAUCCAUGGGGUGGGAGAGAUGAUGACCCAGAUGGUGCUCAGUCGAGGCUCUAUCUUCCCCAUGAGCGUGCCUGACGUUCAGCCCAGCAUCCACCCUAGCAAGCAAGGGAGCCCCACAGAGCACGAGGACGUGACUGUGAUGGACACCAAACUGAAGAUUAUUGAGAUUUUACAGUUUAUCCUGAGUGUCAGACUAGAUUAUAGGAUCUCAUAUAUGCUGUCAAUAUAUAAGAAGGAAUUCGGAGAGAACAAUGAAAAUGCUGAGACAUCUGCCAAUGGCUCUCCAGAUACAUUACUACCAUCAGCUAUUGUUCCUGAUAUAGAUGAAAUUGCAGCUCAGGCAGAAACUAUGUUUGCUGGAAGAAAGGAAAAAAAUCCAGUUCAACUUGACGAUGAAGGAGGCAGGACGUUUUUACGAGUCCUCAUUCAUCUGAUCAUGCAUGACUACCCUCCUUUGCUGUCAGGAGCGCUGCAGCUACUGUUCAAGCAUUUCAGCCAGAGAGCAGAAGUUUUACAGGCUUUUAAACAGGUGCAAUUGCUGGUGUCUAAUCAAGACGUAGAUAACUACAAGCAAAUCAAGGCAGACCUAGACCAGCUUCGACUAACUGUAGAAAAAUCUGAGUUAUGGGUUGAGAAGAGCAGCAGCUAUGAGAAUGGAGAAAUGGGUGAAAAUCAAGUAAAAGGUGGUGAAGAGCCAAUUGAGGAAUCAAACAUUUUAAGUCCAGUGCAGGAUGGAACAAAGAAACCUCAGAUUGACAGCAAUAAGGGCAAUAACUACCGGAUUGUGAAGGAGAUUUUGAUUAGGCUAAGUAAACUCUGUGUACAGAACAAAAAGUGUCGGAAUCAACAUCAACGAUUACUGAAAAAUAUGGGAGCUCAUUCAGUGGUGUUGGAUCUUCUGCAGAUCCCCUAUGAAAAGAAUGAUGAAAAGAUGAACGAAGUAAUGAAUCUGGCCCAUACAUUCCUGCAGAAUUUCUGUCGGGGAAAUCCACAGAAUCAAGUUCUCCUUCAUAAACACCUGAAUUUGUUUUUAACUCCUGGUCUCCUUGAAGCAGAAACCAUGCGGCACAUCUUCAUGAACAAUUACCAUCUGUGCAAUGAAAUUAGCGAGAGAGUUGUGCAGCACUUCGUGCACUGCAUUGAGACGCACGGCCGCCACGUGGAGUACCUGAGGUUUCUGCAAACCAUUGUGAAAGCAGAUGGUAAAUAUGUGAAAAAAUGCCAGGAUAUGGUAAUGACAGAGUUGAUAAAUGGGGGUGAAGAUGUGCUGAUAUUUUACAAUGAUAGAGCAUCAUUUCCCAUCCUUCUCCAUAUGAUGUGUUCAGAGAGAGACCGAGGGGAUGAGAGUGGCCCCUUAGCUUACCACAUCACCCUUGUGGAGUUGCUGGCAGCAUGCACAGAGGGGAAAAAUGUCUACACUGAAAUCAAGUGCAAUUCCCUUCUGCCCCUGGACGACAUAGUGAGGGUGGUGACCCAUGACGACUGCAUCCCUGAGGUUAAAAUUGCUUAUGUGAAUUUUGUUAAUCACUGUUACGUUGACACCGAAGUGGAAAUGAAAGAAAUCUACACAAGUAACCACAUUUGGAAAUUAUUUGAGAACUUCUUGGUGGAUAUGGCAAGGGUUUGCAACACAACCACAGACAGGAAACACGCAGACACCUUCUUGGAGAAGUGUGUUACUGAGUCAAUAAUGAAUAUUGUGAGCGGCUUCUUUAAUUCUCCUUUUUCAGACAACAGUACCAGCCUCCAGACACAUCAGCCAGUUUUUAUUCAGCUGCUACAGUCUGCCUUCAGAAUUUACAAUUGCACCUGGCCAAAUCCAGCACAGAAAGCCUCAGUGGAGUCCUGUAUCAGAACUUUGGCUGAAGUGGCAAAGAAUCGUGGAAUUGCCAUUCCAGUGGAUUUGGACAGCCAAGUUAAUACUCUUUUCAUGAAGAGCCAUUCAAAUAUGGUACAGAGAGCGGCCAUGGGUUGGAGACUAUCAGCUCGCUCUGGACCACGCUUUAAGGAAGCUCUUGGAGGGCCUUCUUGGGAUUAUAGAAAUAUUAUUGAAAAGUUACAGGAUGUAGUGGCCUCCUUGGAGCAGCAGUUCAGCUCGAUGAUGCAGGCUGAAUUCUCAGUAUUGGUCGAUGUGUUGUACAGUCCAGAACUACUGUUCCCUGAAGGGACUGAUGCAAGAAUAAGAUGUGGGGCUUUCAUGUCCAAGUUGAUUAAUCACACAAAGAAACUAAUGGAGAAAGAAGAAAAACUGUGCAUUAAAAUUCUUCAGACUUUACGAGAAAUGCUAGAGAAGAAAGACAGCUUUGUGGAAGAGGGUAACACAUUAAGAAAAAUACUCCUGAAUCGAUACUUUAAAGGUGAUUAUGGAGUUGGUAUGAAUGGACACCUCUCCGGAACCUACAGCAAGUCUGCACAAGGGGGAGGAAGCUUUUCUGGACAAGAUUCAGAUAAGAUGGGGAUAUCAAUGUCAGAUAUUCAGUGUCUCCUGGAUAAAGAAGGUGCAUCUGAACUUGUCAUCGAUGUUAUAGUGAACACCAAAAAUGACAGAAUUUUUUCAGAAGGCAUUUUACUUGGCAUUGCCUUACUUGAAGGAGGAAAUACACAAACUCAGUAUUCCUUCUACCAGCAGUUGCAUGAACAAAAAAAGUCAGAAAAAUUCUUCAAAGUUCUAUAUGACCGAAUGAAGGCUGCUCAGAAAGAGAUAAGAUCAACAGUGACGGUUAAUACCAUAGACUUCGGUAACAAAAAAAGGGACGAUGACAAUGAAUUGAUGACAUCUGGUCCACGAAUGAGAGUAAGAGAUUCAUCAUUACAUUUAAAAGAGGGAAUGAAAGGGCAAUUAACAGAAGCUUCUUCGGCAACAUCCAAAGCAUACUGUGUAUACAGAAGAGAAAUGGAUCCAGAAAUAGACAUUAUGUGCACAGGAUCAGAAGCAGGAACUGCUGAGGAAAAGUCUGCCGAGGAGGUCACAAUGUGUCCUGCAAUUGCCAUCAUGCAGCCGAUACUGAGAUUUCUUCAGUUACUAUGUGAAAAUCACAACCGGGAACUGCAGAACUUCUUGAGGAAUCAAAACAACAAAACAAAUUACAACCUUGUCUGUGAGACCCUUCAGUUUUUGGACUGCAUUUGUGGAAGUACCACAGGUGGCCUGGGCCUGUUGGGCCUCUACAUAAAUGAAAAGAAUGUAGUGCUGGUCAACCAGACACUGGAGAGCUUGACCGAGUAUUGCCAGGGUCCGUGCCAUGAAAAUCAGACGUGUAUUGCUACUCAUGAAUCUAAUGGGAUUGACAUCAUCAUUGCUUUGAUUCUAAAUGACAUAAAUCCUCUUGGUAAAUAUCGAAUGGACCUGGUGCUCCAACUAAAGAACAACGCCUCCAAGCUUUUGCUGGCCAUUAUGGAAAGCAGACAUGACAGCGAGAAUGCAGAAAGAAUUCUUUUCAACAUGAGACCCAGGGAACUGGUGGAUGUGAUGAAGAACGCCUAUAACCAAGGACUGGAAUGCGAUCAUGGGGAUGAUGAGGGUGGAGAUGAUGGUGUUUCCCCAAAGGAUGUUGGACACAAUAUCUAUAUUCUGGCCCAUCAGUUGGCCCGCCACAACAAACUAUUACAGCAGAUGCUCAAACCAGGAUCGGAUCCAGAUGAUGGAGAUGAAGCCUUGAAGUAUUAUGCCAACCACACCGCACAGAUUGAGAUUGUUCGACACGAUAGGACCAUGGAACAGAUAGUUUUUCCCGUCCCCAAUAUAUGUGAAUACCUUACGCGAGAAUCCAAGUACCGUGUGUUCAAUACAACUGAAAGGGAUGAACAAGGAAGUAAAGUGAAUGACUUUUUCCAGCAAACAGAGGAUCUCUACAAUGAAAUGAAGUGGCAGAAGAAAAUCAGGAAUAACCCUGCGCUGUUCUGGUUCUCGAGGCACAUAUCUCUCUGGGGGAGCAUUUCCUUCAACUUGGCUGUGUUCAUCAAUUUAGCUGUUGCUCUCUUCUACCCAUUUGGGGAUGAUGGAGAUGAAGGUACACUUUCUCCAUUGUUCUCAGUUCUUCUUUGGAUAGCAGUUGCAAUCUGCACAUCUAUGCUGUUUUUCUUCUCCAAGCCUGUGGGUAUUCGGCCGUUUCUUGUGUCAAUAAUGCUCAGAUCAAUAUAUACGAUAGGUCUUGGACCUACAUUAAUACUUCUUGGCGCAGCUAAUCUUUGUAAUAAAAUAGUGUUCCUGGUGAGUUUUGUUGGAAAUCGUGGCACGUUCACCCGAGGGUACCGAGCGGUCAUCCUGGAUAUGGCCUUUCUCUACCACGUAGCCUAUGUCCUGGUUUGCAUGCUGGGUCUCUUUGUCCAUGAAUUCUUCUAUAGCUUCCUGCUUUUUGAUUUGGUGUACAGGGAAGAGACUCUGCUCAAUGUCAUAAAAAGUGUCACACGGAAUGGCCGCUCCAUUAUUCUCACUGCAGUCCUCGCCCUCAUCCUUGUCUACUUGUUUUCCAUUAUUGGGUUCCUUUUUCUGAAGGAUGACUUCACUAUGGAAGUGGAUAGGCUGAAAAACAGAACUCCUGUUACAGGUAGUAAUGGAGUUCCUACUAUGACGUUACCUUCAAUGAUGGGGACAUGUGUAAAGGACAACUGCUCACCCACGAUACCGGCUCCAAAUACAGCCGAUGAAGAGUAUGAAGACGGAAUUGAAAGGACAUGUGACACUCUCCUGAUGUGCAUCGUCACGGUCCUGAAUCAGGGCCUCAGGAAUGGCGGUGGUGUGGGAGACGUGCUGAGAAGGCCAUCGAAAGAUGAGCCCUUGUUUGCUGCCCGAGUGGUCUAUGACCUUCUUUUUUAUUUCAUUGUUAUCAUUAUCGUUCUUAACUUGAUUUUUGGUGUUAUCAUUGAUACUUUUGCUGAUCUCAGAAGUGAAAAACAGAAAAAAGAAGAAAUUCUAAAGACAACCUGCUUCAUCUGUGGACUCGAGCGGGACAAGUUUGAUAAUAAGACUGUUUCAUUUGAGGAGCACAUCAAAUCAGAACACAAUAUGUGGCAUUAUUUGUACUUCCUAGUCCUGGUGAAGGUUAAAGAUCCAACUGAAUACACUGGACCUGAAAGUUACGUGGCUCAAAUGAUUGUGGAGAAGAAUUUGGACUGGUUUCCUCGGAUGCGAGCCAUGUCCCUCGUUAGCAAUGAAGGUGACAGUGAGCAAAAUGAGAUUCGGAACCUGCAGGAGAAGUUGGAAUCGACCAUGAGUCUGGUCAAACAGCUGUCGGGUCAGCUGGCAGAGCUCAAGGAGCAGAUGACAGAACAAAGGAAGAAUAAGCAGAGACUGGGCUUUCUCGGAUCAAACACACCCCAUGUGAAUCAUCACAUGCCACCACACUGAUACCAUGGGGGGAAGCCGUGACUAGCCUUUCAUCAGUGUCCUGCCUGAUCACUGGAUAAAGAACUGAGAUGGAGGGGAGUGAACAGUGCCUAUUGUUGAAAAGUUAAAAACAACCAAGUGCCAAGAUGUUGAGUGGUUUAGCUCCGAGAACAAUUUAUAACUGUGUUUUCAUGGUUGAGAAGACCAAACUUAAAAUGCAACCGCUAGAAACACACGUCACGCAUUCUUAAUGCGACGUGAAGUAGCUUGCUCAAAUGGACCAAGGGGCAAGGAGAGGCACGGUGGAAGGAGAUGCAGCGCAGAGAGAACUACUUUUUGCUAAAUCGAUAAGAGUCAGUUGUCUUUAAUACUGACUGCAACCUUGGUCAUGGUUGAUUGGAAUUUAUUUCUUUUAAUUAUGGCAUAUAGGUCAGUGAUGCAGGAAGUCAUACUUUGUGGCUAAGUUUUACUAAGGAAAAUAACUGAAAAGAUUAAAAGUGAGAGUUGCGAAGAAAAAUGUUAAUGCUUCCAAACUGUAGCUGUCACAAGGCAAUUUCCUUAUUUGUAACAUGCAACACAAUGGAUUUACAGCUCUAGGAACUUAGUGCUUUGGAGCCUAUGGCCCUCACGCUGACAACACAACUGGAAUGUGAUUGCUUUCUCCCAGAUUAGGAGAGUCUGUGUCAAUAUGGAGCACAAAUGGAGAUUUUCAUGUAACUUGUUAAAAACGUGUUUUAAGUCAUGUAUAGGCUAAGAUUUUAAAAGAGCUGGGGAAGAAAAAACUGACAGUAAGCCCCAGGGAAGAAUUUUUUGAGAACAUAUGUAUGCUAUUAAAAUAUAUUGAGAUUAAUAAAUGAAAAUGCUUACAGGUGACAGGAAAUAUUAAGAAACUUAUGAUGGUGGCAUUGCCUUUUAUACAUGUGGAGUAAAAGCUAUUUGAUUCAUGUUUGCUGUGCUUAAGGAACUGAGUGGUUUUAUUUAUCCUAUUCCUGCAGUUAGGAAAAAAAAAUCCAAGAAAGGUAUUGAAUACUCGAGAAAAUGCAGCAUUUCAACUGCAUAUUUUAAACUGUAUCAGUAAGAGCUUUUGGAAAUGUAGAAAGAUAAUAGUCUCUUCCCCAAAUUUUAUGUUAAAUUAUGCAACCAGAAUUUGUGGAGGGAGAAAAUAACCUGCCCUGCUCAUAUUAGUCUUAGAGACUAUGCUUUUAGAAUGUUAAAGCAAAAUUCGGAUAGUGAAAUUGUUAGAACCCCUGUGUGGCAAGGGAGCAAGGCACAAGGCACCAGACUCUGGGACAUGCUUUGCAAGUUGACCUUCUGGCCUCUGCUCCCUCAAGAACAAAACAUUGCCUCUAGAGUCUUUAAACUCUCAAAUUAUUACCACCAAGAUUUAAGGUCCAGACAGGGUUUGCUAUGACCAUUUUUAAAGCUUUUGGAUUGUUUUAGUAUAGUUUAAGCUAUUGGCUCCUAAAAUUCUCAAAUCAUGGUCUAGGUAGAUUGUAAAGAAUCCUUCUUCCACACACUGUUAAAAUGUAGACUUGGAGUGAAGCUGUUGAAACCCAGAGUGAUGAAUUUUUGCAUUGAAUCUACUGGUACCACCCUAGUACCUCCCCAAGUUAAGAAUUCCUCACUUUGACCUGAUAGUAUUUUUCCUGACCAGUCGCCGAAGGACCAUGAUCCAAAGAUACUAAGAAAUUGAGAUAUUUAUCUGCAUGCAGCACAGAACUUUGGACCUAGUAAGGCAUUCAAUAAAUAUAUGAGAAAUUCCACUGUCAUUCAAUUACCCUUAAUUCUUUAUUAAAACUUUAAACUAUCUCACAUAUUUGAUUUUUUUAAAUGGCUUCCCCAAAAUUGAAGUAGACCAAGGCAGCCAUUUUUUUUAAUCCAAUACCAUCAUUGUUAUUAACAGUAUUAAAUGAAAAGUACACUUUAAAAUAUUUUAAUUAGGCGGAGUUUUGCAUGUAGGGAAAAGAAGAGAAAGGUGGUAAAUAUUGGCUAUAUUCCAAUAUAGGAACCUAUCUCUGAUUCAGGACAGAAUAAAAUAUUUCUGAGGUCUGAACAUUAAGAGAAUAAAUUAAUUAGUUUGUAUGGUUGAGAGCAACCUAUCUUUCAGAUGAACUAUCUCAUCUUUUUUUACACUGUGAUAGUUCUUUUUUUGUAGAGAGUAAGUCAUUAGGUGUAUAACUGCUAUCCAGAAAUGGCCUAACCUCUCCAACCAUUGUGUCAUGGCCUCUCUCUGUUUCACAGCAUAUUUUCUCCUAUGGAAGUAUCCAAAAGAGAUAGCAACUAACAAGACUCGUAUUUAAUCAAAACUGAAAUAUUUCUCAGUCAUGUUUCUCUUUCUUUCCUGCCUAGAUACUUAGAGAUUAUAAAACAAAAUAAACAAAAACAAGCAAACAAAAAAGGCAUUUUCCAGGCUAUUAAAUUCAUGAUGGAGAAGAUAGUCAUGGGGAAAUUUGAGAUUGGCUAUAAAUUUAUAUUUGUUUUGUAUGUGUUUGUUAAUGCAACUGGAAUAUUUGACCUAGGCAAGUCUCAAUUAACAUUCUCAUAUUUAUAUAGUGAUAUUAAAAUAAAUACAAUCAUCUUUGAUUUUGACGUUAAGGGAAAUGUUUUACUGUUUAGUUAUUAAAAUUCAUAUUGGUUUAAAAGUAUCAGUUUCUGCUGAACAUAAUUUUUAAUUUCAAAAGGAUUUUAUUCCUCUGCAGUUCCAUUCUGAGGCCCAACAGUUUAAUGCAAGUGUGUUUCCUUAAUUAAAAGAUCAAUUUUAAAUGAGAACAAAUGUUGGUAUCAUAUAAGACUAUAAGAGUAAUAAAUAAAUUGUAUACAUGUAAAAUUCAUCAUAGUUUUACCCCUUAAAAAAGUUAGUUUGGAAAAGGGCUUAUUUUCUUUCACAUUGAAACUUUUUGUUGGUGACGAGGAUGCGGUUUCUAGGAGAUAGUUGAUAAUAUCAGGAAGAUAUUUCAUUCAAGUCAGAACUAAUUGUGUGCUUAUUUCCAUAUUCUCAGCUCACAACUCAUUGCUUUGGCUGCUCUCCUUGUUUUAUAAUUGUUUUAUUACAAACAGUAAUGCAGUAGGUCCAACCCCCUCUCCCCACGCCCGAUGGCUGAGAAUGAGUGGAAAGGCUGGGGAUCUGGAGAUUUGGGGAGGGAUGGUGAAGAUUGGGACUUUAGUAGGACUAGAGAAAAGAAGAAAUAAAUGGUAGAUAAAACGAAAAACGGCUUACCCGCCGGGGCCCAGUUGAGUUGGAUGUAAGUGAGUAAAUAUUUCAAAGCAUGUUGAUAUAACAGGUUACAGGCUCCAGAGAUAACCUUUAAACAGGCAGAGAACCGUGCUUUGUGGAGAGCAGCUAUAAGAGGCGUGCUUCCCUCCAGCUAGUCUUAAAUCUUUAGGGAAUAACAAAUUGGCAUAUUCUGAUGCACAGACCGGUUCCACAAGAUACAAUGCAAAAUGAAGUGGAGCAGGCAUCUUAAACCAACACAGAUGCCUACAGGAGCCGGGCAGGUGACUAAAAUGCGUGAAAUUGUGAGGUGCACAUCAUAUGUAAGGGGUGGGGAGACUGUGGUGAGCUUUCUCUUUGCAAAAUUUGACAACUAAUUCCAGUUUUUAGAAAAAGCCUGAGGCCAAUUGAGGCCCACUAGUCACUCAUUUGCUAUCUCUGAAAUAACUGUCAAUAAAGCCACCCCAUUUGGUAGAAGAAAACACACAAUACCAAAACCAAGCAGAGGCGCUAAAAUGCAUCUGAAACUUGAGAAAUCUGAAAACAAAUUCAGGUAUCAUCUCUGAACUGGAGUAUUUCCACAGACUUGAAUAAUUUAUAAAAUUAUCAUACCAGUACUUCUCAUAUCACCUGUAGACUUUUUUUUCCUGCAGUAGAGGAUUACUAUACUUGCCUCAAAAAACAUGAUUCUAAUAUAAUAUGUCAAGACCAGAUAAGUAUAAUUUAUAAAUUGUUAUUAAUAAAAUUGGAUUUGUGU